CGGGGCCAGCGCGUCUAGCCAGCUCGGAGUGCCACGACUUCACAGCAGCGGAGAGAGGAGGGGGACAGGACUGGGAAAAGGAAGCUAGGGAGCUGAAAACCUGGACUCAUAGUUAGCUUUGAAUCAAACUCUCUUUAUAGACUCCUCUUCACCUUCUUCUCUCUCUUUAUCUCCUCUGAAGCAGCUCGGAGCUCCACCACACAGAGGUCGACUGAAACUUAAUGAUGGAUAUCUACGACCCCCAGACGCUUGGGAUAGUGGUGUUUGGUGGAUUCAUGGUGAUCUCUGCUCUGGGGAUCGCCCUCGUCUCCACUUUCUCCAUGAAGGAGACCUCGUAUGAAGAGGCUUUGGCCAAACAGCGAAGAGAGCUGGGUAAGAUCCAGUCCGGCCGCUCUGACAAAAAGAAGAAGGACAAAGUGUCCGAGAAGAAGAGCCGCGGUAAGAAGAAAGACGAAAAGCCAAACGGAAAGAUCCCAGAGCCGGAAAGAAUCCCAGAGGAGGCUGAAGUGGAACCGGUCAUCGAGGCUGCCGCUGCUGCACCUGUUGUAGCUGCUGCUGCUCCACCUGCUGCAGCCCCCGAGCCCGUCGCUGCUGUGGAAGUGAAACCGACUGCAGCCCCAUCACCCGUAGAAGCCCAGGUCAAGGCUGCAGCUGAACCAAGCCCUGCUCUUGCCGAUCCCUCACCUGCACCCUCCCCUAAAGAGAAGAAGAAGAAGAAGGUAGCCAAGGUGGAAGCAGCUCCUGCCCCUGCACCAGUCAAGUCCUCUGCAGCACCCGCAGCAGCCCCAGCCCCAACUAAAGCCGCCACCCAAUCCUCUGCCGCUGCAAAGGCUGCUCCUGCAUCAACCAAGUCUGCUCCUGCCCCUGCAGCUGCAAAACCUGCCCCUGCACCCGCCAAGUCUGCCCCUGCACCAGCGAAGUCUGCUGCAGCCCCGGCCAAGUCCGCAUCAGCUCCCUCCAAGACCGCCCCAGUUCUGGAGACCGUCGCUAAAGAAGUCCCGGUGCUGGCGGUGCCCCCCGUAGGAUCUCAGCCGGCUGCUGCCGCUGGAGGAAAAACCCAGGAGCCCAAGAAGAAGGCGUCCAAGAAGAAGGCUGAGCCAGUGGCAGCCGUGGACUCUGCUGACGCCCCUCUCUACCUGCCCUAUAAGACUCUGGUGUCCACUGUCAGCAGCAUGGUGUUCAAUGAGGCAGAGGCGCACAGGCUCAUCGAGAUCCUCUCUGAGAAAGCCGGCAUCAUUCAGGACACCUGGCACACGGCCACUCAGAAAGGAGACCCAGUGACCGUACUGAAGAAGCAGCUGGAGGAGAGGGAGAAACAGCUGGCAGCAGAGCAGGAGGAUGCUUCUGCAGCCAAGAACCGCCUCAGAGAACUCACCAAGGAACUCUCUGCUGAGAAGUCCAAGGUGGCCAGCGUGGAGACGAGGCUGAGUGCCCAGCUCAGUAAGAGGGAGCAGGAAAUGAUCGCUCUGCAGGCUCGCAUGCAGGCCAGCUACCAGGACCAUGUAGCACAGACCCAGGCGCUCAAUGCAAAGAUCCUCGGUCUGCAGGAUCAGCUGGAGAACGGCCCGAAUGCCCAGCUGGCCCGUCUGCAGCAGGAGAACUCCAUCCUCCGUGACGCACUCAACCAAGCUACCAGCCAGGCCGAGAGCAAACAGAACGCAGAGCUGGCCAAGCUGCGUCAGGAAUGCACAAAGUUAACCAAAGACCUUGGAGAGAAGACGGAGAGUCUGCUCGCUGAUGAGAGCGUCAAGAAAGAGCUGGAGGCCAAGGUCUCUGCUACUGAGCAACAGCUCUCCCUGCUGCAGGCCAGCCAGGCAGAGAGCGAGCAGGCGCUACAGAGGAGACUGGAGGAGGUCUGUGAGGAGCUCAGAGCAACACAGAGCAAAAACAGCAGCCUGCAGGCCACUGUGGACACAGCCCAGCAGGACAGCGGCUCACUCUCAGAGUUUCAGGUCACCAUCGGGAGCUUGGAGACUGAAGUCAAGGAGCGCUCUGCACAGAUUGAAGCCCUCACAGCUCAGCUGGAGGAGACGCAGGCAGAGAAAAGCCAGCUGGAACAGCAGGUGACCUCCAUCAACUCACUGCUGGAAGCUAGUCAGACCAAAAAAGAGGAGGAGAACAAUCAGGAGGUGAAUGCUGCAGAGCUGGAGCAGCUGAAGCUCAGCCUUCAGGAGAGAGACGACCAGCUGAGCACACUUCAAGAUGAGCUUAAACAACUACAGGAAAAGCAGGAAGCUGCAGUUUCCCAGGAGAACACUAACGUUGAAGAAGAGCAGACAGAUAAAAGUGAGGACGCCGGCCUCAUCACAUCGCUUCAGGAAGAACUGAAGAACCUCAAAGAAGAGAUGUCACAACUAACCAGCACACCACAGGCAGAUAACACUGAAGAGGUCGCACAACUACAGACGAGUCUGACAGAGAAGGAUGCCCUCGUCACAUCUCUACAGGAGGAGCUGAGAGAAGCGAGAGAAAAGACAGAAGUUGAUGCACAGAACUCUGUGUCAGAACUGAACGCUUUUCAAACUCAAACCAAAGAAACUCUAAAGACACUCUUCCCACAGAUACUCAUAGAGACAGAGGAGUCCGACUGGUUACAAGCAUUCACACAGAGCGCUCAGGAGGCGCUCAGCCAGCAGAGCCAGGAGUCUCAGUCGAGCACAGCACCGUCUGAGCUGUUGGAGAAACUGAAGGAGGCUGAGGAGAGCCACGGGUCACUGCAGGCGGAGUGUGACCAGUACAGGACAGUCCUGGGAGAAACUGAAGGAAUGCUGAAACACCUGCAGAAGAGUGUGGAGGAGGAAGAGAUUGUAUGGAAGUCCAAGAUGGCCGACUUAGAGGAACAGCUCAGGGUGGCUUCAGAGAAGGUCGGCAAACUGGAGGCUGAAAACCAAAGUGUAGAAAAGUUGAAGGAACAGAUGAUGCUUCUGGAAGCCCAGCUAGAGAAGCAGUCUGAAAACCAAGAGACCUCAGAGGAGACGGAGCAGCUGAAGCUGCAGCUGUCCGAGAGUCAGAGCCAGCUGGAUUUGGCCCAGAAGGAGGUCCAGGCACACAAGGAGGAGCUCACACAGGUCAGAGAGCAGCUGGGUGAGAUCACGAUGAGGGCUCAGCGAGAGCAGAAUGGCCCGGCUGAGGCUCAACACAGUCAGGUCCAGAAGGAGCUGAGUCAGACGACUGAGAAGCUGCAGGAGGAGGAGGCUCAGAGGCAGCAGCUUUCAGAGGAGUUUGAGCAGGCUCAGAAGACUUUAAUAGAACUUCAGGCACAGCUGGAUCUUCUGAAGGUUUCUGCUGAGUCACCACAAGCAGACACAGAGGAUGUCACUCAGCUUAAGGAACGUCUGGAGAAGGAGAAGAAGCUUUCCAAAGACCUCGGCCAGGCGGCCACUAAGCUCCAGCAGCUUCUCAAAGCCACUCAAGAGCAGCUGACCAAAGAGAGAGACACAGUGAGAACACUACAGGAGCACCUGGACGGCAAGGGAGAAUAUGUGGAGCUGAAGGAAGGAACGUCCGUCUGAGAAGUUAACCGCAGACACUACAAAAAACUGCCAAAUAUGCCUUAUGAUUACCAUAGUUAUGCAUUCCAAAACUAUUUUUCUUGUACUGUAGUUGAUUGCAUCUGUUGCAACUGUAGGAAUCAAAUGUUUGAUAUUAUGAACAUUUCAAUGUAGGAUUAGAGGAGAGGAUCCUGCUACAAUCUUUAUUGAAACUCACAUUCCAUCUACGAUGAUUCUGGCCAUGCCAGGAGUUAUUUAUCCCCUGCCUUAUAUUCCAAACAUUUCCCCAUAGUUCAGUGUUAAAAAGGGAAACCGAUUGUGCGUCCGACGUACAUCAACCUGUGCAAUUACUUUGUAUGUCUUUUCUAUGUGGUUGAAUGGUGGGAACAUUUUAUGGUUCAAUGUGUCAUUACCUUUAGAGCCUGCUUUCCUCUGUAGCUGGCUGCCAACACCAUGCAUCACAUUUGUAUGAAUGAAUAAACUACAGUGUAGCUCUAUGUCAUGUCUGCUCAGUGUCUGUGUCACAGUUGCUAAAGUCAGGGUGCAACACUUCAACCAGGAAGCAAAGUAAGUAAGCCGUGUGAAGAUUUUUAUAUGUUGACCUAGAUUCACAUCAGUCGAGAAUCAAGCAGCAAAUCUGCAUACAUGUGCGUUUUAUAUCUUCCUCGUGUCACUAAGAGAUUAAAAGUUUUCUUAUGAUGGGGAAAAAAGAAGUUGCACCAUCCAGUUCGGUUAAGAAAGCUGUUCUAAGUUGUUUCCUAACUGCUGUGUAGAGAGCACAUGGGGUUUCAUACAGGAAGUGUUACCACAUCCUGACAGUAUAUCAUCACACAGCAAAAUGGAGGCCAUAAAUUCUCACUGUGACCAACUCGAGGUUCUUUAUUCUGUGAAAACAUGACGUAUUGAAAAUGUGGCUUUGUAAUGCUUCAAACUAAACACAAAUUAAAGGUAGCAGAAACAGUGA